UUCGAUUAAAACUUCCCUUUAAAUAGAUGACAUUUAUCGAUCCGCCCGCAAAUAUGAAACUCCAUUAGCACGUCACGGCUGAGGCGGUGAAGCUGGAUUAGACGGGAUUUCUUUCCGCAACAUGACAUUUGAAGCGCCGCGCGGUUUAUAAAUUAUUUAAGGAUUAGCGACCAAGUCUUCCUCUUCUCUGGAUGCUUCUUGGCGCUCCGCCGACCUCGGAGUCCUAAUCAAACAUGCCAAAGACUCUUCACCCCCACCCGCUGUUUUUAGUGUUCACAUUACUCUAAAGUGAACCAAAAGAAGAGACGUUCCUCUGCCGUACCUGGACAGAUGCCUGUCCUGACAGGAGCUGUCCUUCAGCACCACGGCCAAUUUGACAAACACGGGGGUUGUUUCGAAGUUUGUUUUACAAUUGAAGCUUUUCUUUGGAAAAAGUUCGGUUUAAAAAAAUCAGCGUAGCUUUUAUUUAUUUAUUUUAAAAGUCAAUUAAAUCAUGAGUCAGGGGCGACAUCUUGUCAUGUUGCCUGCAGAAGAAAUAAAAUAUUAGCAGGCUCAAGGCGCAUAUUUUCAUUAUAUAAAUGCAAUGUUAUGACAUAUGUAUGUUUCUGGCAAAAGGGAAGGUGAACCGAGUCUCUUUAUUUUUGCAGGCGAGGAGUCAGAAGAUGAAGACCCCGCUCAUGCUGCGGUCACUGCGGAUCCCAUCCUCCUCUCCCCGCAUCCUUACAGUGAUUCCUGUCUCUCCGGCGAGCAGGAUGACGGGAACGGGAAGACAGCGGCCUCCCAGCAGGACCCGUGCUCACACAAGCGGCGGCGCCCGGACCAGUCCUGCGCAAAGCCGCGGCGCGCCAGAACGGCCUUCACAUACGAGCAACUGGUGGCUCUGGAAAACAAGUUCCGCGCAACUCGGUACUUGUCCGUGUGCGAGAGACUGAACCUGGCUCUGUCCUUGAGUCUGACCGAGACGCAGGUCAAAAUCUGGUUCCAGAACAGGAGGACCAAGUGGAAAAAGCAGAACCCGGGGGCGGACAGCACCUUGCAGCCCGGCUCCAACUCGCUGGUUAGCGUCAGUCCGAAUCCGGCAACCUGCGGCUCGAGCUCCGGCAGCUUCCACCAAAGUUUCUCUAACUUCAGCUCUGGGAGUGUGAUUUUCCACACAGGCGGUGGUGUUCCGCUUUCUUCCACUGGAGGUCUCCUGCAUCCCUUCAUGGCUUCAGGAUUCGUCCAACCGACUUACUUUAACUCACACCUAUGAAAAAUAAACUCAAGACUAUAAACUUUUAUACUUUGCUGAAAAACGUUUUCCUGGAAUUUAUGAAGUUGCGUGAACGUUUUUAAAUAAUUCAUUUAUAUUUUUUUUCAACUGGUUUAUGAGAAAAGUGUGUGUCUUAAAUUCAAUGUUGCACAUUUAAAAUGAGUAACCUGCAAAACUCUCUCCACUUGUUUUAUAAUUCACUAUUAUGUCACUAACUUGCAAAUAAGUUGCCAUUAUUCCAUAUUAAUGCAUUACUUUGCAUUUCUGUUUUUACCUUCUAUGUUUGCACAAGGCACGUAUAUCUUUUGUCAACAAACAUAAUAAACGUAAUUUUUUUAAAACACUAUAAUGUAUGUCUGGUUUUAGAGUCAAAACACCUAAAAGACAGGAUACACAAUAUUGUAAAUAAAGUUUGAUUAGUACAAUAUUUUCAUAAGACUUUAUAAUAAGGGUCCCUCAUUACUUAUUGCAUUACUAAGCAUUAAUAAAUAAAUGGUCCCUUUUUUAAUGUCACCGCUAAAUGAUGCUAAGUAAUGCAUUACAUAUUCUGGUUUAGCAGUUGUUAAUACCUUAUUUAAAGGGAUAUGCAAAUGUUUCACAUUUUUAAAUCAAUUUCUCGAGCCUUUAUGUGCUAAACUGACCUUUUACAGCAGGUGUCAAACUCCAGUUCUUGACGGCCACUAUCCCACAUGUUUUAGUGAUUUUCCUGUUUCAACAGACCUGAUUUCAAUCAGCAGGUGAUUAUCAAGCUUCUGGAGA